AUGGCUAGCGAGCUGAUCAACCGUCGACACGAGGCUGGCCAACCACACGCCGAUGCUUACUACCCGAGACCUAUCAAACCGUGGUCCUCCACCGUGACACGUCCUAUGCGUUACAUGCUCCGUGAACAGAGACUCCUCUUCGUUCUCGUCGGCAUUGCCAUCGCGACAUUAGUAUUCACAAUCUUCCCUCGCUCCACCCCCUACUCGGAUCCCUUCUCCGGUUACGGAAUCAGGCCCGACGACGAGUCGUUCCAGGCCCAGAGGAGGCCCAGUCUCUUGAUGGGAGCAACAGGCGGGAAAAUCCCGCUCGGUUUGAAACGCAAAGGGCUGAGAGUGGUGGUGACAGGUGGCGCGGGGUUCGUGGGAUCGCAUCUGGUGGAUCGGUUGAUGGCGAGGGGAGACACGGUGAUCGUCGUUGACAACUUCUUCACGGGACGUAAAGAGAACGUGAUGCAUCAUUUCGGUAGCCCUAACUUCGAGCUCAUACGUCACGAUGUGGUGGAGCCGAUACUACUGGAGGUGGAUCAGAUCUAUCAUUUGGCGUGCCCUGCCUCCCCUGUUCACUACAAGUUCAAUCCCGUCAAGACAAUCAAGACGAAUGUGGUCGGGACGUUGAACAUGCUUGGUUUGGCGAAGAGAGUGGGUGCUAGGUUUCUAUUGACGAGUACCAGUGAGGUUUACGGUGAUCCUCUUCAGCAUCCUCAGGUUGAGACUUACUGGGGCAACGUUAAUCCCAUCGGUGUUCGUAGUUGCUACGACGAAGGGAAGCGUACCGCUGAGACGCUAACCAUGGACUAUCACCGUGGAGCCAAUGUUGAGGUCAGGAUUGCUAGGAUCUUCAACACCUAUGGUCCAAGAAUGUGCAUAGAUGAUGGGCGUGUUGUCAGCAACUUCGUUGCGCAGGCACUAAGGAAAGAACCAUUGACUGUUUACGGUGAUGGGAAGCAGACAAGAAGUUUCCAGUUUGUUUCUGAUCUGGUCGAAGGCUUGAUGAGAUUGAUGGAAGGAGAACAUGUAGGGCCAUUUAACCUCGGUAACCCUGGUGAAUUCACCAUGCUCGAGCUUGCUAAGGUGGUGCAAGAGACAAUAGAUCCAAACGCAAACAUAGCGUUCAGACCAAACACGGAGGAUGAUCCUCACAAGAGAAAGCCUGACAUCACAAAGGCCAAGGAGCUUCUUGGUUGGGAACCAAAGGUGUCUCUUCGUCAGGGACUCCCUCUCAUGGUCAAAGACUUCCGUCAACGUGUCUUUGGUGACCAGAAGGAAGGCUCUUCCGUGACUACCAAAAUAACCGCAGCUUAAACAGUUGCACGUAGCAGCGAUAGCGUUUGGUUAAUGGUUUAUAACCAAAAGUAGAGGCAUUGCUUGCAGCUACAUUGUGGAGAGAGGAGAACUUCGUUUGUUCAAAUUUAAUUUUGUUUUUAUUUAUAUUUUGAUAAUAUAUUCUGUAACGUUUAAGAGUAAGAAUUUUGGUGUACUUACUUAUUACUACUAUUAUUCAUGGACUUCACUACAGCUUAAGAAAAACUUGUCUGUCAUACAAAGUUAAGGGGCAUUACUCAUAGAUGAGCAGAUAUCUCAAUCCCAACCCAAAAAAAAAAAACUGUCUUUUGCUAUCACAAACUACUAGUUAGCGCUGCUUCUUAGUCAUACGAGAUAAGACAGAACACAUGUGAAAAAUAAAAGGCAACGCUAGAUUUUAAGACUCAUGAUCAAAGAUGUAUCUUGGUCGAUGCAACAAUUAAGAAG